CAUGUCCCCGUCGCCUGCUCCACCCAGUGAGCCUCGAUCCUCCAUCUCCUCCGACCCAUCGGCCACGUCGUCCUACACUCUAAAUUCAAGAUACUCGGGCGCCCAUGCCGACAAUGGCGACGGCAGUUCGACCCCCCGCCGGGAGUCGUCCGUACGGCCCCGCAGCCACGCGUCACCUGGGGACCAUUCCGCGGCGUCUCCGAGUAAAUCGAACAGUUCUCUGGAGCAGGAGCGUGUAGAAGAGCAGGACUUCGCGCACCGCCGGCAUAGGAUGCGGAGGUCUGGUGGGUUUCUCCUGGAUUCCGCUUUCCCCUCAGCAUCUGGAUCGCGAGCAUUGUCGCCUGGCCGACAAGAUGACACGAAUGAUGGGGACAGACAUACAUUGCGGCCGCCUCAAGAUGCUAGCAGAGUUGGGCGGGUGCGACGGGAGAAGGCUCGAUCUUCUGGUAGCUCGCCUCUGUCGCGAGAGCUCGAUAUCACGAGUCAAGUGGAGGGCAAUGGCGGCUUAAGAGAAAGGAAUCAUGAUACAGAAAAUGGGAAUUUGCGUGUUGCCAAAACGAGGAAGAGUCGAGGAGGAGUACAGGCGGAAGAUACACAAGCAGCGGAAGAAGACUAUGCGCCGCCGCCUAGAGCAGCGAUAGAUCCCCAUCAGAUUGUCAACAUGGCUCUGAAUCUUAGCGAGAGUCGGAAGAGGAACCUCGGUGCUGGGCAGCUUGUUGUGCCGAGUUCGCCUCCCUCCCGCAGGCUCACGUCGGCUGGACAGCCUCCAUCAGCGAACUUCCAGAGACACGGCGCAGGAGGAAGCCUUCGGCAGCAUCUCCAGCAGCAGAGACGCAUCUCAAGGAACAUCUCUCCAAGUACGGGCAGGGAACCUUCAUCCGUCUCCCGACAUCUCUCAACUUCAAGUUCGAGGGUUCUCUCAGGACCGGGUCCGGCUUUACAGGGGUUGACGUUUUCGCCAAUCACCAUAGAACGGAGAGACAAAGCGAAAGCAUACAUAGAGCUGUCGAUGGAGUAUCUUCGCUUGCUGGAAUGCCUUCCUCGGUUGAAACCAGACGCUUCUGCUCCGGGGAACUACAUAAUAUCCUCGAACAACGUACCCGGAACCAUGCAGGUCGACUUAUCCCGUGUGCCGUCAAAUGCAAAUAGUAAAUAUCCUCUCGGCAGACCCUACAAUCCCUUACAAUACAUCCGCAACCGUCGCACGCGAGCUCGAGAACGCAAGACGCUCGGCCAUCACUCAGAGGAGUUCGAAGAUGUGGACAGGGUCAAGAGUUGGAUAGAUGAAGUAGAGAAAAAGUCUGAAAGCCCUGAUUAUCGCCAACAAGACGUUGUAUUACUACCGAAGUACCACGAAGACCAUGCGGACAAAGAUCCUGCGCCUAGUAAGCCAGCUAGGCCUCGCAUGGGAUGGGUCUUCUCUCCUGCCGAACUUCUUGCCGAUGCAUAUUGGCUUGAGCAAAAUGAUAAUAAGAGCGUCAUAGAGGAUCGCUGGGGAAACAGAAUCUUUGUCCCGAAGAAGCAGAUCGAUUACUUGCGGCCUCGUUCCAGCAAAGAAUACCCUGACAAGAGGAGGAAAAGCUGGAUUGAGCCUAUCAUUACUGGAACGUCAUCCGAACCUCAUACCGGGGAUGAAAGUGAUGGGCUGAGCGACCGUGGUAGGAAGCGCCGCAUGCUCAUUGCCAGUCUUCGUGGAGAUAGUAGCCCCGGACGUCCCAAAAAACACGGAUGGCGCAGAACCAGGACAGAUUCGAGAACCUCUUCAGACACGUCCGAAUCCGAAAAUGGGUCCAGCGGCCGGAAGGCCGGAAAACCAAAGCUGGUCACAUCGAGUGACAUGAAUAUAGGGCCGUUGGAACGUCAUAUGAAGGAGAUGCUAGACAAAGAAGCACAGGAGGCUGGGAUAGCUUCUUCCCCAAGCGUGGGAUCUCCCGAUAAAUGGGGCGAAGGCCAUCCCAUCAUAGCAAAUGAUAUGGUUGGAUUAGACGCUGGUGCUAGCGGAAAGACAUUAGAAAAGCAAGCAAGUAUCGCUAAACCUGACGACGAGAUACCGCCUGCCAAGAAACGACCUACUGAAGUUAUCAUAACCCCAGAUACGGGUCCAGAAACCCGUUCCUCGUUUGAAGAUCUCGAUACAACGGAGCCCAACACACCCGUACUCAGGAAAUUCUUACCCAGUAUUGGUCUUGAUUUAUCACCUCCUCCUAGUCGGCGACCAUCUCCCUCGCGCAAACCAAAGAAGUCGAAAUUCGACUUAUUCCGUUCUGAUGGAAGCAUCAAAGCUCAGACUUUGGAUCCUGAUUCUGCUACAGACGAACACAAGAGAAGUUCCCGACAACCGAGUGGCGAAAGUGUUGAGGCAAAUAGCUCUGGGACCGCUAAGAUAUCAGCACCUACUGCCGUCAAGAAUCUCCUUACACACAAAAAGAAUGACAGUGUUGGAAGUCUGGCGAUAAGCCCGGAGAAGAAAAGCAGGAAGGAUGGCAAAGAACCCAAGGAAGGAAAGGAACCCUCUUCGGCUGUCACUCGUUUCUUCAAAGGUGGCCGAAUCGGGGAAUUGGUACGAUAUGAAGGGUCUAGAGUUGGCGACUUCAUCUUCAAAAAGGACCCGCCCACUGAAGACUCAGACUCGUCAUCGUCAAGUGGCAGUUCCCUCGAAGACUCAGAAACAGAAGAAGGACCUGAACUAUCAUCCCAACAUUUACGGCCAAAACCUGUGCCCCGAACUACAACGUCUGGCACUGCUAACAGUCUCACGGGGGGGAAGAGCGGGUACCACUUGGAACUUCCAACUUUUCGAUCUGCCACACUACCUGAACAGGACGAUUCCGACCAAGGAGACGCAACAGACUCCCAAAUACCUGAUCACCACAUCUACCAUCAAGCUCUGCAGCGCACUAACUCUCGCUCUUCCCGCUUCUCUCGCCUUGCGCCCCCUCCAAUGGAUCUGAGCUCCAUACACUCCUCCCCUGCACACUCACGCCCGCGCUCGCCAAGCAGAACCCGCGCACGACUAAACGCCAUCCUCGAUCGUCCCGGCCAAGUCGGCCGCGGCGGCCUCCCCUUUACCGCCCUAGCGAAACCAAACCCUUCCCCCUCCCCCAGCCGCCAGCGCAGCUCCUCCCGCCCCAGCCUCGCCAACAAACGCCACUGGAGCAUCACCGACAGCAACUCGCCCUCGCGCCUCCCCGCCUCGUCCGAAUCCGCCGUCACCACGGCCGACAUCGCCCGCGUGCGCGCCCUCCUGCUCUGCUCCGGCAUCAAAGCCCGCGAAAUCGCCCGCCGCGCCCACACGCCGCGCUCCCCGCCCCCGAGCUUCCUCACCCGCGCCGCCCAGACGGCCGGCGCCAAGCUCAUCCCCGUCAGCAAGAAGGAGGAGCACGUCCUCGCGGCGCGCAUCCUCGUCCGCUCGCUCGAAGUGUCGACGCAGCGCGUCCAUGAGGCUGCCGAGCACUUCCGCAACGAGACGUGCAAGGCGCUCGUCGCGCGCGUGGCGGCGCUCAAGGCGAAGGUGGAAGAGGAGCUGUUCCCGCGCGUGCACGCGAGCGGGGACGAGGCGCUGGCGAUUACGGGCGAGGUGGCCGGGCAGGCGCCGCUGCUUGUCAAGGGGGUUAGCGAUCGGGUGGAUGCUAUGAUGCGGAUGCGGAGGCGGCGGAUGAGGUGGGUGAGGCGCGUGGGGUGGAUGCUAGUGGAGUGGGUGUUGUUGGGGGUUAUGUGGGCGCUGUGGCUGAUUGUGGUUGUGGUGAGGCUGGUGAAAGGGGUCGGUGUUGGGGUUGUUAGGGGGGUGAGGUGGUUCCUUUGGCUAUGAUUUCUUGGUGGGUAUUGAUUGGGCCUUUUGAGGCGCUUUGCCCUUUUCCAUUUGUAUCUCUUGGGUCAGUGUUAUUCCAGCGUUGGCGUUAGGGGGGAUUUGACUGUAUGAAUAUGUAAAGUCAAGGGGUCACUCGGCAUAUUUCGGCGUUGCAAUCGCGAGGUAUUUUCUCAGCGGGAGCUUUUUCAGAAGCACUUACAUCAUAAGCAUCGACCAAGCAGGAAGGGUAACUAUUCAUUCUCGUAACAUGUCGUUUUAGAUAUACCAGCCUUACGCCUUUUAAUCAAGCAUUCGAACACUACUUU